UUUCUUAAAAUUAUAAUUAGAUAUUAACCUCAUCAUGACGAUAUGCAAAACCCAGGCCACUCAGUCUAAGGUCAAGGUUACACGUGGAAGUCAGCGGUCAAAUAGCUUAAUUUCAUGUCCACUCCGUACCUGCAAACUGCUUUGAAGAUUUAUCAAUUAUAUUUCCCCGCCAAAGUGACGUGCAGAGCGCACAACUCGAGCCCUUAGGUCCAAGGUCAUAUUUGAAGGACAAAAUUAGAUAGCUUAAGUUUUUGUCCGAUCCAAAUCAUCUUUUCCACCAGAACGAUUUUUAUAAUACUCGUAUCACUUGUCAACCUUAUCAAGAUGACAUGUAGGGUGCAAAGCAUAGGUCACUACGCCAAAAGUCACAUUGAGAACAAAGAUCAAAUAGCUCAACUCGUCUAUUAAUCCACUGAAAUGAAUUUCAUAAAACUAGAACCAAAGCGCAAUCUUUUUGAUUCUAUCCCUCACGUUUUUAUUUCGAUGUAAAUGAGAUGUGAAACCAAAAUUUGCAGUCCUGUUUGGCGCCAUAUUACCUAUACUGUGUUGGUGCACCGUAAAACCCAAAUCAAUCAAUCAGUCAACUCAUAUCUACUAAUCCGCUGAAAAGAAUUUCAUAACACUAGCAUAAAUUUUUAACCGCAUUUAGCAGACAUGCAGAACGCACAACAAAGAUCACUAGGUCCAAAAUCAUUUAAGGAACUCAAAUUCGAUUCUGCUCCGUAUCUUCUUAAUUAAUAACUGGACGGAUUUUCAUAAAUCUGACAUCAGUUGAUACCCUCAUCAAGACGACAAGUAGAAGUCACAGCCCGGGUCAUAAAGCUCAAGGUCAAGGUUACACUUGAAGCCCAAAGAUCACGAUCACAACAUUUUACUUUCCUUGUCUCAGAGCGGCGUCUGUGGGUAUUAAUCACAUUUGAUGGUAACUCUAGCUACAUUUUGAUAAAAUCAAUCGGUUAUUAUUUGACCUACUCAGUUUUGUUUCAAAUCAUAGUUUCUUACAUUGUACAUUGAAGGUGCACGUGUUGAUUAUAAUGAAUAAGAUAUUCAUGAUAACAAAAUAUAUUAGUAAUGUUGGCUUAAUAUUAAUUGUCACGACAUUACCAUUUCAUUAAACGACCAGCUUCUUAAGAAAAUAUUUCAAAAACAGAAUUACUAUCCCUAAUAAUACAAUACAAAUAUUUAAAUAAAUUUUCGGUAUGUCAUUUUGCAACUUAUGAGUGAAUGUUACCUAUAACGUUUGGUAGUAUUUAAAAAAGAGCUGUGAAAAAUGUUCCUGCUUCAGUAACUAUCAGUUAAGGUCGAUACACAUUACUAAUACAAGCAAAAGGAAAUAAGGUACCUCUGCUAAUUUCACAAAGGACAUUACGGUACCCACACUGUAGUGUCGGUUAUUUAUAUCCGUUCAAAUUUCCAAAAUAAGUUUUCUGAAAACUAACAGUGCAUUUUCGGAUAAUAUACCAUUUCAGUUUUAUGGUAAUUCCAACGGAAAAUUAGAUCUAUAGAGUGUGUUUGGAUUCCCAAGAGGAUGACAAUGCAUUAGGCGUAGGCUCCUCUGCAUUGAUAGAUAAGCUCCACGUAUUGGGUAGCUGGUUUUUGUGUGAUUCACUUGUAUAUAAUAUUUGAUAUGAGAUAAGCCGCGUGUACCCAGUCGAUUAGAUAACCGUAUACACAAUAUACAUAUAAAAGCUAUAAUUGAACAGAUGCACUUCUUUGACCAGAAUGACAAUGGGGAAAUGCAAAGAAAUCAGUAUUUCACGGGUAUAGGACGCCAAACGGCACACCUCAUUUACUUUGAAAUAAAUAUAUGAUAUAUGGAAUCAGAUCACAGUGAUUUCUUUGUAUACACAAGCGUUAAACCUCAAGCACUAAUGUAAAAUUCUGAUAUGUAUUUUGCCAAUGAACUUUAAAGACGCAAAACAAAAUAACUGUAUUCUUUUGUAUUUUCAUGAUGGCAAUUAUACAUGAUUUGCAUGAAAAAAAAUGAGAUAACAAGUGUUUAGUUACAAAUUGACAGUGACAUAUAUUAGGCCAAGACAAUGUGUGUAAUGUCUUAACAUUUUAUUGAGUUAAUAUAGCAAUAUGUAUAAACGUAUUUAGUUAAAUUUCAAUCAUAUUUUGUUUCUAAAGUGUAAGAUAGUUAUUCAUCUAUGCUUUUAAACUAUGCUUAAAAGAUAUUGACUGAAUAAGUUUGCAGAUGAAGUUGUAAAAACACAUUUAUUCAGGAAUGGCCAAAACUGUCCAUCUGAGAACUUGUAGUAUAGCCGUAUAUUACCUGUAUUAUAAGAAUGAUUUUCAUGUAGUUUUGUGGGUGAAAAAAGUAGGUCACUAGGUCGUGUUGGGUCUUUAAAAGGAAUAAGUCAUUUGCUACGUGCGAGAUAAACGGUGGAUUUUUGUACCGUUGCUAUGUCAUUGAUACAGAAGUAUUAUCCAGUGUCCAUCUGUUUACUUUCAAUAAAGAAAAUCCUAACUUACCUGAAUAAGGAGAGCGCCCUAACUUAGCUGUAUAAAAAAAAGUGCUGCAUGUAGAGCUACAAUCACAAAUGUUAUGCAGUUACAGUUAUUUCUUAAAAAAAAAAACAGUAGAACACAUUAAUUCAGUGUUAAGCUAAACUAAACAUGUACUAAGUGCUACUUUUUAAACCUGUUAAUACACAUAAACCUGUUAAUUUUAGGUAUAUAGACACUAAAUAGGAAAAUGGCAUGAAAACAAAAUGGUAGUCGCAUUAUGGCGGAUCCAAAUAGUCCUCAAUUAUUUUUGUUUUCUUAUUUUCCAAUUUUACUGUUGAAAUCACACGGAAGAUCAAUGCUUGACAUGUAGUUGGCAUUUUCAUAAAGAAAAAAUAACAACAGAAUGGAUCAUCCACAACAACUACAAUUUGGGGUCUCAUUUUUAGCUGAUUUUGCACUUUGUGCGUUUGACUGAAACAAACAUGACCCCUUUUUGCAUCAAACAUGACCACUUUUCUUUUGAUUUUGAUUUAGCACUGACAAUAUUCUUCAAGAAAAUGUAUGUUACAGGCAUUUAAAAUUGGUCCUUAUGUGUGCUGCAGCCAUUUGAAACAUGUCCAUUUUAUAUAGAAUAAAGAACAGCUAGUUCGAGCCCCUGCCACCUGAACAUAAUAUACAUGUAAAUGAGGUAUAUAUCCUGGAUACAGUUUGAAAUCUGAAGUAGCUCUAGAGGCUAUGGGGUAGGUCAUACAUUGAUUUAUGGUAGUAUAUGUUCAAGUCGCUACAUGCAUUGUACAAUAUAUGGAUGUGUAGAUAGAUGAUUCCACUUCGAAGAGUCGAAAGUCGCCCAUUGUAUUUUUGGCCUUUGACAGACGGACAGACGUUCAAAUUUUGCAGAUAAAAGGGCAAGAUACGAAGUCGAAAUUUCGACUUAUUAACUCGAAAUUCGAAAUUUCGUUUUAGUAUUUCGAAAUUUCGAGUUAAUAUCUCGUUUCGAGUUAAUAGAUAAAACGCACCUGACUCUAAUGCUCUUCCGUACUUGUAACCUUUUAUGUUUGUUUAACUAUAUAUUUCAUUCAUGAUGUGUGGCUCUAUAAAUAACUUGGAAAUUCUAUUUGCUUUUAAUAUCUGAUUUUUAUGUCAGGCUAUAAAUAAAACGGUUAUGUAACAGUAGCCUUAAGUUCAGUUUUAUCUGAGAUAGCGGAGUGCAGGAUUCAAAUUUCUAAAUUAUUUAUCGCUCUAAACAAUUAUGGAUCGAGCUACAAUUAUUAUCUGUUUUCUGUACAUUUUUGCAUGGCUGUUUGGACUGCUCUCAUUAUUUUUACCAUUCUGGAUAUCAGGGGAGAUUGAUUCAGGAGUAAGAAAUGUCACAGUUGUGGAAGAUAUAGACAGUGGACUUUUUUGGAAACGCCAGACCUAUUACAUCAAGAAGGACUCCAUUCCAGACUCCGAUGACUCGUUUACAGACAUUUCUGGCUCAUAUUUAUAUACUGAAACUGUUAAGAUAGUACAAGGGUUGAUGAUAACGGGUAUGACGUUGCUGUCAAUUAGCCUUGUGUCCUCUGUAUACUUUCUCUGUUUUUGUAACGAAGAAAAAAGAGGCAAACACGCAGCAAAAAUAUUCAUAGCCAUAGCAGCCCUGGCGAUUCUAGCAGGCUGUUUCAUUGUUAGUGGACCAGUUAUAUAUGGUAAGCAUGUGAUAUGGGACUACGGGGUUAAGGAAUUACAUCUUGGUGCGAGUUGUUGGUUGGCUGCGAUAUCAGCUGGCAUAACCUUUAUGGCAGGACUUUCGAAUAUUUGUCAAUGUUUGCCCUCAAAAUGUUCUGUAAAGUUUCAGUCGAAAGUGUAAUUAAAAUUGGUGGAAAUAAACUUGCUCUUUCGAAAUAGUGAAAAUAGUAAAAGUAUAGCCGGAUAUGGUUCAACUAAAACAAGGAGUAGUUGUUCUCAAACAUUCAGAAAUGCGCGUGUUUUUCAACACUUGCCUCGUGGCUACUCGUAAAAUUGUGCGUUUCGAGAUACAUAGAAUGAUAUCUGUUCCAUACCAUAAACGGAUAUUUUCACUUGUAAUGUCCAACACUAUCAUUGACAACAUGUGUUGUCAGUAUGGUCAUGUUUAGAAUCAAGUCUUUCUAUUGAUCUUUUACAGGAAGUGGAGCAUAAAUAAGGCAAAAAUACAGCAAAUAUUGUCAAUAUAAUAUCUCUACUUUGUGGUAAUAAAUAAAUGACUACACAUGGUGUCUUGUGUUUACAGGCAGUACAUCAUAAUAUACUUUGUGCUUAUUUGGUUUAUUUUAAUAUCCACAACUUGUAUAUAGAUGACUUUACAUUGAUUUUUCAUGUAAUAUUAAGUUUCUGUCUUAUUGUUGUUACUGACUAUUUACACGGUUUUGAAUAUAUAUUGUUAAUUGUUUGUUAGAAAAUAAAAAAUGAAAACUUUGUCAACUGAAAUGUUUUAUUUCUACAUAAUCUCCUCUUAAAAUUAUCGCAUCGUCCGUGUUUUUGUCAUUUAAUUUGUUAAUAUUCUCGGAAGACGGUAACCCGUUCUCAUGAAACUUGGUAUGUAGCACCAUUAUAAGAUCUUGUGCCAAAGUUAUCAAAAUGGGGCACCUUAGCCCUUUAUGGGUCAGAAGAGCUAAAAAUAGAAACACCUUUAAAGAACUUUUUUCUAAGUGGAAUUCCUCAAAGUUGGUCAUUAGCAUCAUUAUAAGGUUUCCUCCCAAUUUCUUCAUUGGGUCGUUUUACCCAUUUUAAGGACUACUAGAGCCGAAAGCAGAAAUACCUUUAAUUGACUCCUUCUCAUUAACGUCUUGAUGGAUCUUCAUCGAACUUAG